AUGCUUCCCAGCCUUGCUCUUUGGGUUCUGCUCUUGCCCGCCACAUUCGCUGCUAUCCUUCCUCAGUACGACCCUUUUUACAAUGCGCCGGCUGGAUACGCUUCGAAGGCUCCAGGAACUAUCCUUCGCACUCGCAGAGUCAUCACCACCUAUUUUGGUCUGAUCCCUGACGGUGUACAAGCAUGGCAAUUGUUGUACCGCACCACUGCCAUCAAUGGUACUGCCAUCGCCUCGGCAACUACUGUUUUCAAGCCUCUCAAGCCCAAGGCCAAUAGCUUCGUCAGCUUCCACACUGCAUACGACGGUUCUGCUGUGACCGGCGCUUGCGACCCCAGCUUCAACUACCAGCUGUUCGCCCCUCAGAUUGACCUCAUCUCGUCCGUCGAGUUCUUCUUGCUUCAGGCUUACCUCCUGGAGGGAUAUGUUGUGCAGGCGCCUGACUACGAAGGCCCUGAUGCUGCUUUCGGCGCUGGUCGUCUUGCUGGUAUGGGAGUUCUUGACAGCAUGCGCGCCGUUGCAAACUUUGGCUCCACCCUUGGCUUCAGCACUUCUACUCCAAAGAUCGUUGGGUACGGCUACUCUGGUGGUGGUAUCGCCACUGGCUGGGCUGCAUCUCUGCUGUCGACUUACGCUCCUGAGCUGAAUGUCAUCGGCUGGGCAUCUGGCGGCACUCCUGCUAACCUCACUGGUACGGCUGUCUUCAUCGAUGGCACACUCUUCGCUGGCUUCCUUCCGCAAUCUCUUGUCGGUCUCGCUGCAGACUCUGCGUACGGCGCCCAACUCGACCCUGUCAUCAACCGCAUCAUCACACCCAAAGGCCGCAAUGACCUCAAAGUCGCUGAGCAGAUCUGCGGUGUUGAAAACCUCCUGACCUUUGCUUUUGGCCAGAUCCAGAGCACCGACUUCCAAUCUCUCGGUAACAAAAUCUUCUUUGAACCCACUAUCGCGAAUGUUCUUAGCAAACAGGUCAUGGGUGUUAAUUCGAACGAGACUCCCAAAGCUCCUGUUUAUCUCUUCCACGCUAUCAAUGAUGAAGUUAUCCCUUACGCCAACGCCUCGACACUCUACGACGACUGGUGUGCAGACGGCGCCUCCGUGCACUUUGUCACUGUGGCGAAUGGUGGACAUGCGACUACAGAAGUCAUUGGCUUUGUCGGGGCCUUCAACUUCGUCAAGGCUGCAUUCGCGGGUACAGUGGCAAGUGGGUGCUCGAAGGAGACGACAUUGAAUGAUACACUUGAUCCUGUGGCGCUUGGUGUACAGUUGGAGCCUGUGCUUGUGCAGUUGUUGAACGCACUUGCUGUUGCUGGAAGGAAGGAUAUCAAUAUCAAGAAUAAUAUUCAGACGCUCAAUGAGACUGUGGGAGCUUGA